UCAUCAUCACACGCACAUUAAUAAUAUAUAUAAAUGAUCAACGAUUUUCACACAAAAUUUUUUUGUUUGUUCAUCUCUUUAGUUUUUGGUCUUCAUUUUGGUCUAAUCAUCAUUAUCUUCUCAUUAUUAUAGUUUUUUGUUUGUGUUAAAAUUCUAUGUGAAAAAAAAAUUCCCGAUAUUCGAAAACGAAAUUAUUAUCAUCAUUUUUUUUUCUUUGGUCAAGAAAAGAAAAAAAAUAACCGAAAAUGUCUCGUCGUAAGCAGGAAAAUCCUCAACCAAGAAAGCGUCUAGUCAAUCCUUCAGCUUGUUACGAGGAAAACGAACCCGACCCAUUCAGCCAAUUUUCAGCCAAAGUGCCCAAGCUAAGUUCCCAGACGCCCAAUCAUACCCAAUCACAGAUAAUAAUCAACACUACCACAAAUGGUAUCAACACCAAUUCAAAAUGUUUUCCCAACAAUCAUACUAUUGAUAAUAUUGGUGAUGGUUCUACUUCUCAUUCUUCUCAUUUUCCCUUAUCUUCUAAUAAUUCCUUCACCUCUUUCACUCAACAACAACAACAACAACAUUUUAUAACGACGGCUACCAAUGCAAGCCAAAUGAAUAAUAAUGAGGAUAAAUUAACUUGUGGUACAUGUUCACGUGAUUUUUCUUUAUCCGAUAUUUUACAAUUUAUCGAUCAUAAAGUGAUCAAUGGUUGUUGUCCAUAUACAACACAAAGGUUACAAUCAUUCAUGAAUAAUAAUAAUGAUGAAAUUGAUGAUGAUGAUGAUGAUUGUUGUUCAUGUAUUGAUGAUAAAGAUCAUGAUGAUGUUGUUGAUGAUGAUGGUGAUAAUAUUGAUUCUAUUGAAUCAACAAAUAAUACUGCCCAAAAUAAUUCUACUAAACCAACAACAACAACAUCAACAUCAACAAUGACAGCCAUACCGGUGAUUAUUGAUUCGAAAACAAAUAAAUCAACAACGAUUAAUAACAACAAUGAUGAUGAUGAUACUAGUGAGUCAGUGCCUUCAUCCAUUUUAGCCCACAACAAUCUAAACGAGGAUGAUGAUAAUAAUAAUAAUAAAAAUGGCCACAAUGUAAUAAAUCCUAAUCCGGAUAAAAAUCCAAAUAUCGUUAUGGACAUCGUUAUAAAAAAGGAGCCAACAACAACAAAAACAGAUUCAUCAUUUUUGAUGAAUGAAUGCCAUAAUGAAGAAAUUAUGGAAACAACUACGAAUGAUGAUGAUGAUGAUGAUGUCGAUGAUGUUGGUGUUGAUGGUGGACAAACAAAAGUCAAUUAUAAAAAUGAACAUCAAGAAAAAGAAGAGGAAGAUUUGGAUAUGAAUAUAAAACAACAAAAACAAAUGAAUUAUGAUAAUGAAAAAAUGAUCCAAAAUGGACAAAAUGCUGAUUUAUAUAAUGAUGAUACUAUUAGUAGUAAUCAAAUGGAUAUGACAUUGACCACCAUCACCAACAAUAAUGAUGAUGAUAAUAAUAAAGCGCUAAAUAAACGACCGGAAAUAAUUGAAUCAUCUGAAUCCACUAGUCGACAAAAUGAUAGUCAAAAUAUAAUAACAACGACAUCAUCAUCAUCAUCACCAGUAACUUGUUUAGACAAUCAUAGAUCUAUGGAUACCACCAAUAACAAACAAUUACAACCUUCAAAUGGUUCCAAUAAUAAUAAUGGUGAUGAUGAUGACCAUAAUUAACAAACAAAAUAAGCAAUAUGGACAAGAACAACAUCAAA